AGAUCAGAGGCGGUGGAAAGGCCACGCGCCGAUGGGAAGGCCUCCGCUCCUUCCCGCGCGUUCCCUACGCCCCUCUUCCUCAUCCAGGGGGCGCCAGCGCCCGCGUUCCCUUCCUUUUUCUCCCCAUCCCGGUUCCCUCACGGCGGGCACGCGUCACGACUCCGGCGCCAAAAUUAGGCGGGAGCUCGCCGCGACCCGAACGGCGCGAGACAGCGGUCUCCGCGAAACGGCCUGCGGGGCUGGCCGGUGCAUCCGGCGAAGAAAACACCGCCAGCUGAGGAUACGAACCAAGAGAAGGUGGGGGACGCGUUUAAAAAAAAAGAAAACUAAGGAACCGGGUGAAGUGCGGAAGCUCGGUCUUCGUGUUGUGUGGUGGUGUUGAACCUGCGGCGCUUCGUCGAUAGUGCUGUUUCUUUUUCUUCUGGAAGGAUAUGUUGUGCGCACGUCGACUAGAGUAGCAUGCGAAAGGGUGGAGAUAUUAUCUGCACUGCACUCCAGUAGCGGACGCCCGGGACAAGGAGCCUGCGUGGGCUGUCGGCGAUGCCACAUGACGAAUGCGCCGGCGCUUCCCAGGUAAAGGAACAAGGUACGAGGUGCAUCGCCGGUGCAGUGAAGGAUUCUCCCCGACGCAGCAAAUACAGCUCCUACAAAUAAAUAUGGCGGCCAUGUUCACACCGACGCCAUUCUGGUUGACCCCUGGCCAGGUGGUUACCUAAGAAAAGCCGAAGGCUUCGGCUUGGAAAGCGCGCGCUCCGCAUCAGUAGUGCGCAGUGCUGGCCUGAAAUGACGAACAAAGUGCCCGGUGACCAGUUGCUGCCCGUUAUGGACACUGGGCUCAGACCAGAGCCGCAGCGUCAGUUCGAAAUGGAGGGUAAAGCAUCCCUUCUGGGCUAUUCGCCAUUUUGCAGCCCCAUGGUCGACGACCGUAGCUCCUUCGCCAGGACAAACCUAGGGGUCUUUCCCUUCCGGGAUGGCUGCAAAAAGGGAAAGAUGACCUUCCAGGGAAAGGUGUACAAUUUCCUUGAGCGACCGACGGGCUGGAAGUGCUUCCUCUACCAUUUCUCAGUAUUUCUAGUUGUAUUGAUUUGCCUCAUCUUCAGCGUCCUGUCCACCAUCGACCAAUACAGCGAUUUCGCCAUGUCAUCUUUGUACUACAUGGAGAUUUUUCUCGUAGUCUUUUUUGGAAUGGAGUACUGCGUCCGGCUUUGGGCUGCCGGAUGUCGGAGCAAGUAUCUAGGAUUCUGGGGCCGGUUGCGGUUUGCUCGAAAGCCCAUUUCUAUCAUAGAUCUCAUCGUCGUUGUCGCUUCUGUUGUGGUCCUAGUGGCCGGGUCGAACGGCCAGGUGUUUGCUACCUCAGCCAUCAGGGGAAUCCGUUUUCUCCAGAUCCUGCGCAUGCUUCACGUCGACCGGCAGGGAGGCACCUGGAGGCUGCUCGGGUCCGUAGUAUUUGUACAUAGGCAGGAGCUCAUCACAACGCUGUACAUUGGUUUCCUGGGCCUGAUCUUCUCAUCCUACUUCAUGUACUUGGCCGAGAAAGACGCCAUGGGCAUCGAGGGAAAGUCCGAUUUCACAAGUUACGCCGACGCCCUCUGGUGGGGAGUGAUAACGGUCACAACCAUCGGCUACGGCGACACUGUUCCUAGAACCUGGAUGGGGAAGAUUGUGGCCUCCUGUUUUUCUGUUUUCGCCAUCUCAUUCUUCGCAUUACCCGCGGGCAUUCUAGGAUCAGGGUUUGCAUUGAAGGUCCAACAGAAACAACGGCAGAAACACUUCAACCGUCAAAUACCAGCGGCUGCCACAUUAAUUCAGUGCCUGUGGAGGUGCUACGCAGCGGAGAAAACUUCCCGGUGCGAAGCCACUUGGAGGAUUCACGUCAAGGAAUCCAACCAUGGUGGCUACAACUCGGGAACACCACUCAGCAGGGUGGCCAAGAGGGCGAGCGUGCUGCGGCGACGCAAGUCCAAGCAAAAGAUCGACGUGUCCAACUACUCGGCCAACACGGCCGCCAACGAGACGGAAGGCGACUCGCAGGCCGAGGACAGCGCCAAAUUAGGCGAGUGGACACUGCUUUCUGAACGCGUCCCGACAAUCAUGGAGUGUUUAGUUCCUCCGUUCUCGUUCAACGCAGGGCAGCGAAGAAAAACGAUAUCGACGUCCAGCGCAAACUGUCACGACGCAAACAACGAAUUCGUCGAGAUCGACAUGGACGAAUCGCCUCAAGUGACCAGCCUGACUGAAGCACACAAAAAUGCCAUUCGCGGAAUACGCAAGAUCAAGUACUUCGUGGCGCGAAGAAAAUUUCAGCAAGCACGUAAGCCCUACGACGUUCGUGACGUCAUCGAACAGUAUUCUCAAGGGCACGUAAACAUGAUGGUGCGAAUAAAGGAGCUACAGCGGAGGCUUGACCAGACGCUUGGGAAACCUGGUUCCUAUCUGAACGAAAAAGGCAUGAAGCCAAUGACUGUUGGAGCCAGGCUGCAUCGAAUGGAAAUGCAGCUCAUGUCCUUGGAGCGAAAAGUGGACAGGGUUCUGUCUAUGCUGGAACUAAUCACCAGCGGACACAAAGCCGACCACGGACCGGAGUACGACAUUUGAAGCGAUGGCUCCGCAGUGAAGAACAAGAAGCAGGCGCUGAAAGCCAAGCAGUUUUGUCUUGCCCCUGAAUCCGAUCUACAUCCAAUGCAUCUGCAGCUUGGCCAAGAGAUACAGGAGAUGCGUCUAGCGGCCGAUCGACGUUUUCGAAUCCGAAGCUGUCCGAUUCACUCGUGGUCAGCGUGGUAGUGAUUCGCGGAGGUGUCGCAAUGGUCCUUUGCGAGAAAUCAUGUCAGUUGCCCUUCAACACCAGAUGGCGUCGUUUUACCUUCCAGUUGUUCCAUCUCCAUGAUGGCGUUGAGAACGCAAUACCUUUCUUUAUUUUUCUGUAUCGUUCUCGUGCUUUUCACGCUUGCUCAAUUUAUCAUUGAUUAUGAGCAAGCUACCCAUUCAAAGCACACUUUGAGAAUGUAAGACGUUACAAAACUUAACUUGGUCGUUCAGUAACACAAUGUCUCCCGCUCUUCAAUGCAGUUCAACGAUCAGUACUGUAGAGUUCUCGCGGAAACACAGUAACGUUCAGCCAACACCACUUGCUUGCAUGACGAACACUUAAGAGAUCCAAAUUCAAACCAGGUAAGGUCUGCGAGAUUGAAUUACAAAGAUAGUAGAAGAUAUUUCCAAAAACUACCAAAUGGAAAUGCAAGAUAGUCUUAAAUGGCUACUUCAUUCAGGCGAUCUCACCUCUAACACUGAAGCAUGACCUAUCAGUGCAAUUUGCUAGGUAAUAUGUAUAUAUGAUAAUAUUCUCCAGGGAAGGCGAUGGUUACUGUUUUUGUGUUUUAACGCAUUCGUUGCGCUCGACUACGGCGAUCGAUAGGUUAUCGUGGAGAAUUGCCCAUCUCUAAUCAGAGUGGACGGAUGCACUAAAUGAUAACAGAUUUAUAUAGGCCAGGUACAGAUUCGCGUCACAUUUGCGUGGUGGUGUGUGUUGUACGACUUGAUUGUUUUUUUCUUUUUUCGAUGAGAGUUUGUGCCGUUUUCACGACACAGCAUUGUUUCUACUGCUGCGAUAGCAUCCUCUAUGCUGACACAGCUGCUUCAAUCGGUAAAUAGCCUUCUGCGCUUUCGCGACAAAGAAGGCUUACAUGCACUACGUUAAAAUGCGUGACACUUUUGUACGUCACAUUAGAGUGAGCAUCGCCACGAUGUAAGUGGUACCCAACCUUCAUGAAAGCAGCAUGUAUGAGCGUUUAGAGGACUGCGAGUUGAUCCAUCAACCUAGUGAGAGCCAAGGACUCAAGCUCUUAAAUUUUCUACAUAGUCAUAGAAGCAACAAGCCGUAUUGAAUAUAUGCGUAUGGUUCAUGCAAACAAACGUAAUUAAUCAUUGUCUACGCAUCAGAAUUGUUUUCAAUUCACUCUACUCUAAGGUGAAAUAUUUUUUUCUCGGGGCGACCAGUGAUCUCUUUAGUCAUCAAGAAAUCAUGGAACCUACAUUCAGUAUACGUAUCGUUAUAUGAAGCUACAAGGUAUGCUUUAUGUAGGUAGCGUCUAACUUUAUAGCGCAACUUAUUGCCUCGCGAGGACCAAGUAAAGAGAAGCAACGGUUAGGCACUCACCCAUUAUUAACUUCAAGAAGUUGGGUAUGCAUAUAAUCGUUUUAAUGCCUUUCGAAGACCACGUUGGAAUUACAUAUCAAAAUGUUUUCCUAAAAAGCUUUAAAAAAGCCAUCACAGACGUCUCGCGUUUGCUCAUAUUUGAGGGCACUUAUCUGGGAAACAACUUAUACGAGUACUGGCACGACAUGGUCAACUGUUGUUUGUUCGAACUAAAGGUUGUCGAGCCCAAAAUUUAUGCGGUAAUAGCAGCAAGCCUUAGAGUGGUUUAAAUAAUUUGCUAUAUGAAUUCUUUUACGCAGCCAUUUGGUUUCAUUUGCAAGGAGGUGUAUGCACCAUGUUGGAGAAGUAUGGGAGAGGCCUUUGCCCUGCAGUGGGCUUAACCAGGCUGUUGAUGAUGAUGAUGAUGUAUGCGUCGUGACGUCAAGGCUAAAGAGCUGGUCACGUGGGAAGAGCGCAAGGUGCCGUUUAGACAUUCACUCUGCCUCGCUGGGUAGUCUGCUGUGUUGCAACUUAUUUUGAGACCCGAUGUAGCAGCACAGUAGACAACCGAGCGAGCCAGAGCAAUUUCCAAAGCGCCAAAAUGUCCUGCUCUCACGUGACCACCUUCUCAGACUUGACGUCCCGACAAACCCACAAAUUCUCGAAAACGAAACUGAAACUGUCUCGCACAAAAGGUAAUGUAAUAAUUGAUUUAGUGUGCUCUGGGGGCUUGCUACUAUAUUUUUGCACGGAUGUUGGGGUGGAGUACAUUCAUUUAUUAAAACAGUUAAUAGUCGAUGUAAAGCCAGUACUUCUUUGAUGCAGUGACUUUUUUUCGCGCGUACGAAACUCCUGAGCAUUGCCCAUCUCGCCUCCCUGUGCACCAUGGCCUGGUAUAGCGUCUUCGUACAGACGUCCACCUUGUAUAAAGCAUAUGAGUGAAUAUGGUAGUGUUUCUUUAUAUGUUCUCAAUCUUUAUUCUUCAGUGUGCUUGUUCUUUCGUAUAACAUGAACCUUCUUUCUUUAUGAGCCAGAGCUACAAUGAUUGUCACCAGAAAAAUCAUGCUUAAAAUGUAUACAGUUCAAAUCAUGGCCUAUUAUAGUCAAAGAAUGUCUGUGCAUUAAUUAUGCAUCUUGUACACAGUUCAAACGUUUUCCUACUUCGUUGAAGUAAGUUAAGAGAGCGGGGGUGAUGCAAAAUAAAUUAGUGAGUACUCGCAUCAUUUAUCGGCUAUAAAUUAGUAAAUUCGGCCCUCAAAUAAAUAGUUUUAUAGAAGAAGCGCCACGCUAAGAUUCUUUCCGUCAGUAUAAACUCUAUAUAAAACAUAUAUUUCGAAAAGACUUUCUCAUGCUAACGCAAGAAAGGCUUUCGACUCUAUGCCAGAACAGUUACUUAUUGUGAUAAGGAGCGACCUAUUAUUGUAUUAGGUCAUUGUAAAAUAGUCCCUUAUCGAUUUUUGUCAGGUCAAUUCACUAAGCCUACUUGAGUGUGCCAAUACAAAUUUCCGAGAACGUAACUGUGAAAAGUGAUUAGUGAUCCAUCUAUUAACGAAAUCACAACCUCAUCUUUCCCCAUAGUUAAGGAAUUCUGCGAUGUUAUGCAUAAUACUUAUGUUAAUAUUUUCGGUAUAUCUGCUGUUUUUGCCAUUCUCGUCUUCUAUAAGACGCAUGAGGUCAAGCACCUGGUCAGGCGCACUGAGCAUCUUUUGUCCCUGGCCGUUCAGUUUCCUUAAAGGAAGAAACUGAAAAUGCUGAAUAUACAAACAAGCGACAUCAAGAUACCCUAUACGAUUUUAAUAACGUUGAUAGCACCUGGUAUUAGUAUGGUAUACUUCUUAAUUCGGCGUAUUUUGAUGUGGCAAUUGCUUAGUAACUACUUUGGUAAAUGAGCUGUUGCCAGAAUAAUUAUUCAUUUGAGAAACGUAUUCAGCCGGGCGCAAAUCUUUCGCCACGUAUUGGCCAGAGGUCACUAAGCGUACCAAUGGGACGUUCAAUUUUAUUUAUUGAGAAUAUAUAUACACCGCUCUUAAGAUGCUAUUCGUAAGAAUGGUAUUUCCUAGCAAUUGCUGUUUUCGCGGUCAGCUUUUAUGCUUUCUUAAGAGAGACUACAUUGCAUCGCUAUUGCAGCUUUCGUAUGCGAGCUUACGUAGGCAUGGGACAUGUUCUAGUAAUUGUUAAUAAGGUUGCGUUAGCCCACAUAAGAUAAUAGACGGCCCCCGUCAGUGCUAUCUAGAGCACGGCAACAUGGCGACGUGUUGCGGGCCAGCGCCUUCUGCAGCGACCUGUGCUGAUUUGAAGGCUUUUACUCCUGUUACGCGUGAAAAAGCCAUACUGUGUGGAUGGCCCUAGUCAAAUGCUGCCCCAGAAACAACUAACUAUACCGUACCUUUUUUAUGGUAUACUAUUUCUGUACCGUUCUUAGUAAAGCGUGAUACAGAUUGUCUAAUCAUUUUCUUCCCCGGCCUUUCACGAGGUUAGUAUAGAGCACGUGUGCAAAUAAUUUAACUCCCCGUGUUACAUUUCUGAAGGGCCAUCGCCACUAGCCGUUAACUCAAUAUUCAGCAUUUCGCUCUACUCCUGGAUUUCAGUGACUGCUCGUCGGGGAACAUUAGCACCUCGCCAUGGAGCAAAACACUGGCGGUCGUCUAUUCUCGCUCCUACAUUAUCCGGCAUUUUAGCGGUUUUCAUCGUUUUGCGGUGACAUAUACAGGUAAUGAUUACUUUUAGAACCUCAUGUGCGAUCUCAGACGCGAACUUGCUGCAGAGGCGUGCCGCCAUACAUAGAAUGCAAUCGCACAUGUGAAAGCUUUCUUUCUCUUUAUCCUUUUUUUUUUUGUUCAGCGGAACCGUUGGCCCGAAGUCAUAUACGAACACUCAUAUAAAACCGGGGAGGUCUUCCGCACGUAAACACUUUGUUGAGGACAUAGCGAAUUUGUUGUCCAUUACAGAACGCAUAUAACUCUUUCGUCAGGGGAUAAAAGGGAAUGUCGAGGGAGCCAACGUCCUGCAAAUGAACUUCGUCACGGUGGCAAAUGCUCUUCUUAUCUUUGUUUAUGUAACGCGUAGCGAGUGUUUGUGUACGCGUAGCUGGCUCUGCCCCAUUCUGAAUGAUUUAAGAGGCGCAUACCAAACUGGCAACUUGAGUAGGGGAAGGCAAGCCCUCUUGUCAUAACAUUUACCUCUGGGACAUUCCUUGCUUGCCCAUUGUUUAUUAUUUGAAACUCACAUGUCUCUGUGAACAUUAGUCUUGUUUUGGUUUUGAUAUCUGAUUAGAUUAUGGCUUGGCAUCUGUUACCAUUCUCCCUGAAGUAAGCUUUUCUUACUGUGCAAAGCCACUGCGAGAGGUGACUAUCAUCCCAUAGAUGCUGGAGCGGCAUACUUUUUUGCAGUAGCACUGGGUCUACAGUUGUUGGAAGUCUGUAGGUUGAGGUGACAGAAGCUUUAAGGGCCACCCCAGCAUGCAUACUCCGUAGGGAUAUUUCCUCCACCUGAGAGAGGUCACAGUGAAAGUAGCAGACAAAGGGAAAUUGGGGCACAACCUCAUGCUUUAAUCUGUUGUGACGAAGGCUAUAAUGAACCGUUCCAAAAUUUAUUUCUUAAAUGUCCAAGCUUAUCUGCACCUUCUUUGACGAUUUGUGUGGCUGUUCCUCUUUUUCUUUGUAUGAGACAAUUUUCUUUUCAUGGCUGAACUGAGAAGCCGUGCGACAGAUACGACAGAGUACUUGUAGAUACUGUGAAGGCCACUGAGAUCAAACACGUCCUCUAUAACUACCGCCGAAUCCAACCUGAAAGACUACGGUUAUUUUGUACGAGACAAUUUAUACUCAGAGUGUACAAAUAACGUGAGCCAUAUCUGUCCCGUUUUCACCUUGCACGAGGCGGUGACAUUUCGUUGCCAGCUGCGAUUCUGAUGAAGAAGGUUGUUUUGCUUCCGCAUUGAAGCAUGCACAGCAUAUGUACAGUGCGAAUCGCACGUGUCUAGAUAGGUGAGCCGACAGAUGGAGUCGCCACCUUUUGCGAAAAAAUAAAAACUUUCAGGCCGAUGGUGCAAUAAGACCGCACAUGGUCAUUCCUAAUGUUGUCUGUAUGACGUUGCAGCUUUUUAGACUUCCUACACGUGCUGCCGAUGCCAGCCUCCUGGACUGCAGCGCCACUCUUCGAGGGAAGUAGUCGCUGCGUUUAAAAGACACUCCAUGGUGAUGCUUGAGAAGCGUGGCGUCAUCUUCAGUCGAAGGGUUGUGCUGCACUGAAAUCGGCGAAGUGCAGGAAGGGCUUCCAGUCGAGGUUAGUAUUUCAAUACAGGGGUGGAACCGGUUAAGCGAAGCCUCACCCAAUUCGUGGCAUGCGCUAUUGUACAGCCUUUGCAGCACGUGGAAACUGUCUGUUUAAAAUGAACACCGGCCAGCGGAUACCGCGGUCGCGUAGAAUCUACUGCAAGAUCGGCGUCUUCUGCUCGCUAUAGGCUAUGUGGUUUGGUUCUGCUGCCAGUAAGCUACAGCGCGCAAAGCCUUACUUGCUGACCAGGCAAGCCACUCGGCCUCUCUGGACAGGCGCGAUUCACACUGUACGAACGUAGCAAAUCGGGUUUUGGUGGCACAUCGUUCGUGCAUACAAUAAACUCGUACCUCCACCCUGCCACCGAGCCCCCCGGCUACUCACACGCAGUGUUUGGCGAUCUUAACACGCCAGAAGUGUUAAAUAGACCAAUUGAAUUGCAUACUUGUUAACAAGCAACGCACGUAGAAAAGAAUCGCGCGAGACCGACGCCACUGUGAGAAAUGUUGACCAAUGAUGCUGGACCAAUAAAAAAGAUGCUGUGAGAGAA